AUGCCAAACCUGCCACAGAAUUGGGAUAUGUGCCUGGGCGUGGUAACACCUGCCAAAGGAACUGUAAUUAAACAUGGCAAGACAAAUCCCAGGGAAGUUUCUCGCACAGAGCUUUUAACUGUUACUUCUCACAGCCUGGAAGUCACCUGGAGAAGGGACUUUCACCUGAGUGGCUCUACACUGCAGGCUUGGGCUGUGGCAGGCCUGAGGACUGUUUCAAUUUUUAAGAGAUUUAAUAAAAAAAAAAAAAAAAGGAAAUCUGGUGUGAAGGAGGGGUAUAAGUUUUAUCCACCAAAAGUAGAGAUGUUCUUCAAGGAUGAUGCCAAUAACGACCCACAGUGGUCUGAGGAGCAACUCAUCACUGCAAAAUUUUGUUUUGCUGGACUUGUUGUAGGGCAAACUGAACUGGAUAUCAUGAGUCAUGCCACACAAGCUAUUUUUGAAAUUCUGCAGAAAUCCUGGCUGCCCCAAAACUGUACGCUGGUUGAUAUGAAGAUUGAGUUUGGCGUUGAUGUAACCACCAAAGAGAUUUUUCUUGCUGAUGUCAUAGAUAAUGAUUCCUGGAGACUAUGGCCAUCGGGAGAUCGGAGCCAGCAGAAAGACAAACAGUCUUAUCGGGAUCUUAAAGAAGUAACUCCGGAAGGACUCCAGAUGGUAAAGGAGAACUUUGAGUGGGUUGCAGACCGAAUGGAGUUGCUUCUCAAGUCAAACAGUCAGUGCAGGGUGGUAGUGCUGAUGAGGUCUACCUCUGACCUUGGUCACUGUGAAAAAAUUAAGAAGGCUUGUGGAAACUUUGGGAUUCCGUGUGAACAUAGAGUAACAUCUGCACAUAAAGGACUAGAUGAAACUUUGAGGAUUAAAGCAGGUGAAGGGGAUGGCAUACCUACUGUAUUUGUCGCAGUGGUGGGCAGGAGCAAUGGACUAGGCCCAGUGAUGUCUGGUAAUACUGCAUACCCGGUUAUCAGCUGUCCCCCAAUCACAGCAGACUGGGGUGCUCAGGAUGUGUGGUCAUCUCUGUGACUGCCAAGUGGUAUUGGCUGUUCAACUAUACUUUCUCCAGAAGGAUCAGCCCAGUUUGCUGCUCAGAUAUUUGGGUUAAACAACCAUUUGGUGUGGGCCAAACUUCGAGCAAGCAAACUGAAC